UCACGAGUCACGAGCGUGGUACAAUCGAGAAUAGGAAGAUGAUAUAUAUCAUUUCGCUCCCAAAAAAAAAACAAGAGAAAAAAAGAGCGGGCGAAUUAUUGGUUGACGAUACAUGAGCGGGUGGCUCCGAUCAUGGACGGUGCCUUGCAAGCCCUAACAGAGCUUUCAAAUCUCAGUCCCCACCCGUUGAACGACGGCGAAGAAGAGGAAGAGUAUGACACCGAGGCUUGGGAAACGAUAACGAAGUGUUUCCGGGAGGUACAAUCGGUUCUGGAUCAGAACCGAGCUCUGAUUCAACAGGUGAACGAAAAUCACCAAUCGAAACUUCCAGAUAAUCUGGCGAAGAACGUCGCUCUUAUUCGAGAUAUAAAUAGUAAUAUCUCCAAAGUUUCUCGCCUGUACUCUGAUCUCUCUGAAGAUUUCUGCAACAUCGUUCAUCGUGGACGGGAACUUGCUUUGUUUGAAUCUAAGAAUCGCGAUGAUAACGUGGACAGCGCUGAAUCCUGAGUCAACUCGUUUGGUGAAUCGAAAUAUAGUAAUAUCAUCUUCUAUCCUAAUUAUAAACUUUAGGUUUUUAUCAUUGUAUAUACUCUAGCUAGUUCAUGUCAGUCAUCAUAUGUUUUUAUUCUCAAUAAAUCAGAGUUAUCUGUGUUGAAUCAGUAUUUUGAUGUUUGUUGUUUGUGGACGAAAUAAGACGAAUAAUGGUGCUGUUUUAAGAUUAAGAAUUCUAGUGAUAGCGAUGGUAAUUAACAAAUGUGAUUAUUGUCUA